UUUCCGGCCGAGGCGGACACUUCCCGCGGAGGGACUGUCCCGUGGCACCCGGCAGGGCCGAGGAGGACGCGGACGACCGGGAGUGGUGGCGAUGGACAGCCACAACCUGGACGAGUUCCGCCGGCGCUGGCAGGAGGAGCUGGCGCAGGCCCAGGCUGUGAGGAAGCGGCGGCGGCCGGAGGCUGCCGAGCGGCGGCCGCGGCGGCCCGAAGUGUUCCCCGGACGCGGGGAGCAGGCCUCGGGGUACCUGGCGCUGGCCCAGGGCCUUCUCGAGGGUGCGGGGCGGCCCCCAGCGGCGCUGGUGACCCGGACCGAGAGGCAGGAUGCGGCGAGCCGUUCCCGUUCCCCUCCGGCCCGCGGGGGCGCCGGGGGCGGGGAGCAGCUGGUGGACCAGCUCAUCCGCGACCUGAAUGAAAUGGAUGAUGUGCCCUUCUUUGAUAUCCAGCUGCCUUAUGAAUUGGCAAUCAAUAUAUUUCAGUAUCUGGACAGGAAAGACCUGGGAAGGUGUGCACAGGUGAGCAAGACGUGGAAGGUGAUUGCAGAAGAUGAAGUGCUCUGGUACAGGCUGUGCCAGCAGGAAGGGCACCUUCGCGAGAGCAGCAUCUCUGAUUAUUCUUGCUGGAAGCUCAUCUUCCGAGAGUGCCGAGCCAAGGAACACAUGUUAAGAACCAACUGGAAGACUCGCAAGGGCGCCGUGAGUGAGCUGGAGCACAUCCCCGAUGCAGUUUUGUGUGACGUGCACUCUCAUGAUGGCGUCGUCAUUGCCGGAUACACAUCGGGGGACGUGAGGGUGUGGGACACCCGCACCUGGGACUACGUCGCCCCCUUCCUGGACUCCGAGUACGACGGGGACGAGGACGAGCCUGGCAUGCAGCCAUAUGCCUCCUUCGUGCGGAUAAACAGCUCGCUGGCGGUCGCGGCUUAUGAGGAUGGCGUUCUUAAUAUUUGGGAUCUAAGGACUGGAAAGUACCCUAUCCAUCGCUUUGAGCAUGAUGCAAGAAUACAGGCACUGGCCCUCAGCCCGGACGAUGCAACCAUUGCCACAGCUUCUGCUUUUGAUGUUGUCAUGUUACACCCCAAUGAGAAGGGCCAUUUGCAGAUAGCUGCAGAAUUUGAAGUUCAGAAACUGGUUGACUACCUUGAAAUAGUUCCGGAUACCGGAAGGUACCCUGUGGCAGUAGCCACUGCUGGAGACCUGGUGUACCUGCUAAAGGCUGACGACUCUGCCAGAACUCUCCAUUACGUCUAUGGCCAACCUGUCACCUGCCUAGAUGUCUCAGCCAACCAGGCUGCUUUUGGAGUGAAGAGCCUGGGAUGGGUUCACGAAGGAAACAAGAUCCUGGUCUAUAGCCUGGAAGCGGAACGCUGCCUCUCCAAGCUGGGCAACGCGCUUGGCGACUUCACGUGCGUCAACCUCAGGGACAGCCCGCCCCAUCUCAUGGUCAGCGGCAACAUGGACAGGAGGGUGAGGAUCCAUGACCUCCGCAGUGACAAAAUCGCCCUGUCACUCUCUGCCCACCAACUUGGAGUGUCUGCAGUCCAGAUGGAUGACUGGAAGAUUGUCAGCGGAGGCGAGGAGGGCCUGGUCUCUGUGUGGGAUUAUCGGAUGAAUCAGAAACUGUGGGAGGUACAUUCCAGACACCCCGUCCGCCACAUCUCCUUUAACAGCCACAGCCUCAUCACAGCCAACGUGCCCUACGAGAGGGUGGUGCGCAACUCCGACCUGGACGGCUUCGCCACGCACAGGAGACACCGGGGGCUGAUCCACGCCUACGAGUUCGCAGUGGACCAGCUGACCUUUCAGAGCGCCGUCCCCGUCUGCCGUUCAUCCUGUGACCCCAUGGCGGGCCACAACUACGACCUCGCACUGGCUUUUCCCUACGACAGCGUUUAAGGAGCAGCCUCAUCUGGGAGCCGGGAGAAAACGGGAGGAACCAGCUUCACGGAUUCGAAAACAGAGGCGCUCUGCACCAGGUUUUAAACGCGACCCCACGUUCCUGAACGGCCUUUGCUUUUCUCCUGCUGCCUGUGGACAGCUGGAGUGUGUCAGGGCUCGGGUCCUCUUGCUCUGCUCCUGGCUCACGGCCCUGCGGACCGCCACACACGGAUGACUCAGAGCGUUGCCUCCCACACACACACCUCACCCUGCGGCUGCUCCCUGCCUGCCUCAGGCAGCCCCCCAGCCAUCCUUCUGGCUCAGCGGGGCUCCCUUCCCCCCGGAUGCCUUGGGGAUCUCCCCAGCACCGCGCACACUACAGGGCUGUAGUUCCAGAUCAGGCCCGGCACUGUGAACAGGCCCGUGGGGCUCUGCUCCCGCCGGCCACCAUCCCCGUCUCCACACCCUUUCCCUUGUGGGGCCUUUGGAUGUGCUGGUCUCUGAGUCUACAAGGCCCCAAUGCCCGCCCGUUCUUAGGGCCUGAGAGCAAGUGCUCAGCGGGUGGUCUUCCCUGCCCACCCCCCAGUGUAACCUGCAACAGCAGUACCUUCCCCUCAGAGCUUUUACCCCAGUUUAUAAUUACAUAUUUAUACCAUUAUUUCAUUAAUGAUUGUUUUGCUUACUAUGGUGUCUACAACGUGUGAUCCAAAGUAGAUAUUUCCUACAUAGUCACUGAAUAAACAACCAUCCUCUACAGUGAGUGAGAAGGGGAGGCAGUAUCGGAGGAACCAUCAUGUCAAACAGCUAAGACAAAGCAGGUAACACGAGGGGACUGUCCGUUUGAUAAAGAGCUUCCAUUUCCAAAGGAUUCAGAGGGCGCACCGUUGCAUUCCUCGUGAUUUAGUGCGCUCAGCAGCCGCCACCUAAUACACCUUCAGAAUAUCAAAGCAAAAAUGGACCGACAGAGACAAAAUACAUGCUCAUAGUGAGUGAGCAAAAGAUUUAAGCAGCAACAGGAUUUACUUAAUUUACAAGCCUGAUCCAACAGCUGUAUAUAUAGGGUUUGUACCUUUUCAAAUACCUGUAGACCAUGCACAAAAGAUGACCAUGUAUGAAGACCACCAAGAAAAUCCCAGAUUGCACAGUUUGAUACCGUACAGGCCAGACUUGGUGACGCCCCCAAUGCAAUAAAAGUAGAAAUCAACAAAAAGCUAAAUAAGGAAACAAAAAACAUCUACCUGCAAAUGGCAGACACUCCUGAAUUAACUUGGUUUUUUUUUUUUUUUUUUUUUUUUUUU